CCGGGAGGACGAGCGUAUUUUCUCGCUUGUUCUUCGAAGGGAAACUCCGACGUAAAACCCAGUCUUGAGUAAACUGUGCGGCUUCUCAUCUGUAUCCUGUCACUCACUCAGGCGCGCUGCGGACAGCCCUCUGAGGUCCUUGAAGCGGGCCAAGAUGGCUGCCCCCGCUCUGCAGGCCGCGCGACGGUGGUCGGGGCUGGCCUUGGGAGUGAGGCUUGCUGUCUGGAACCUUCCAGGGAUAACCCAGGUGAGGUGGAGCCGCUACGCCCCCGAAUACAGGGAUCCCUUGAUUGACAAGGAGUAUUACCGCAAGCCUGUGUCGGAACUCACCGAAGAGGAGAAAUAUGACCAGGAGCUCAAGAAAACCCAGCUCAUCAAAGCUGCCGCAGCGACAGAGACAAGCUCAGUGUUUGCAGACCCUGUCAUCAGCAAAUUCACCAACAUGAUGAUGAAAGGCGGGAACAAAGUGCUGGCUCGAUCGCUCAUGGCCCAGACCCUGGAAGCUGUGAAGCGGAAGCAGUUUGAGAAGUACCACGCUGCCUCUGCAGAGGAGCAGGCCACCAUCGAACGGAACCCCUACAGGAUCUUCCACCAGGCCCUGAAAAACUGUGAGCCUGUGAUCGGGUUGGCACCUAUCCUCAAAGGGGGCCAUUUCUACCAGGUCCCUGUACCUCUCACUGACCGACGUCGCCGCUUCCUGGCCAUGAAGUGGAUGAUCACAGAGUGCCGAGAGAACAAGCCACGGCGGACGCUAAUGCCAGAGAAGCUGUCAGAUGAGCUGCUGGAGGCUUUUCAUAACCGGGGUCCCGUGAUCAAGCGGAAGCACAAUAUGCAUAAGAUGGCGGAGGCCAACCGUGCCCUGGCCCACUACCGCUGGUGGUAGCAAAACAGGGAGAUGGACAAAGUCCAGGACACUACCACAAGAAACCAUUUGAGGGGCUGGAGAAAUGGCUCAGUGACUAAGAACACUGGCUGUUCUUUCCAGAGGGACAUGGUUUGAUUCCCAGCACCCACAUGGAGGCUCACUAACUUUCUCUAUCGCUGGUUCCAGAGAAUUUGACAGCUUCUUCUGACUGCUUUGGGUACCAGGCAUGCACAUGGUACUCAGACAUCCAUGCAGGGAAAGUGUCUAUAUAUACUACUACUAAUAAAGUAAU